AUGCCGCAUAUCCCAUCUACCGGCUCAAGUCUCGAGGAUGAAUGCCAUGAUGCGAUCCGCAAAUUCUUUGAUGACCUCGAGGCCGACGAAAGUGCCUUGUUCGAGGCUACAACAAAAUCGCAGCAGUUGAUAGACGACCUCCGAGAUGUCGACAAUAAGCACAAGGCGUCUAUUUCAAGAAAAAUUGCGCCGAAGCUUAAAGUCUUUGUUGCCGGUGUCGAACAGUUUGGAUCGGCCUUGGAUAUAGUCGCAGGUUCCAUUUCGCUAAUGAGCCCUAUUUGGGCUUCAGUACGCAUUGUUCUCAAGCUCGCAGGUGACUAUAGCGAGUAUUUCGACAAGAUCUCAGACAUGUUCGAGGAGAUUGGCUAUAUUCUUUCCUGCCUUCGACGAUAUCCGCGCCUAUACCCCGACAACCAAAUUCUACGCGAGUCAAUGGUAGAAAUCUUCCAAUCAAUCAUGCAAUUCUGUACCAGAGCUCGAGAUGUUUUCCACCAGGGCAAAAAGCACCAGAGCGGCAUCAGAGCGUUGAAUCCAGUCGGCCUUCACGCCGCGUGGAAACUAAUCUGGAAGCCCUUCAAGCUUCAGUUUGGUGACAUAAUGGACCAAAUCAGAUCCUCCUUAACCAGGAUUGACCAUGAAGUUGACAUUGCGGAGAAGGAGUUGGCCAACAAGGAGAGGUCCAAGGCAGAGCAAGAACGCCAGCUGCAGACAUCUCGUUGGGACGCGCUUGAGUCGCACCAAAAGACCGUCACCGAAUUUAUUGACCAGCAACGGAUCGAUUAUGUGAAUCAGUGGCUCUCACCCGUAAAUGCCGCUUCGAACCAUACCUCGGCUACAAAGCUGCGCUACCAAGGAACGGGCAGUUGGUUCAUAGAUGGACAAGAAUUUCAGCAGUGGCUUUCAACUGCAAACUCCUUCCUAUGGCUGCACGCCAUACCCGGAGGAGGCAAAACUAUCCUGGCCUCGAAUGUCAUUGACUGGUUGCGCAAUUACAAGAAGAGCAGUGAGAUGGGACUGGCGUACUUCUACUGUGAUUACAAGGACAAGCAAAAACAAUCCCCUACCAAGAUCGUCAGCACAUUGUUGUGGAUGCUUGCAUCUCAAAACAACGAUGUCUUCGGUAGGAUCCAGGCUUUCUUCGAAAGACAAUGCAAAGAGAAUCCGGCUUAUACUCCAGAGUUUGACGAACUCUUGAACAAUUUUAGCCAUUUCGUGGCGAACAGUUUUGAGACCAUUUUCGUUGUCGUUGAUGCUUUGGAUGAAAGUGAAGACAGGGAGUGUGUGGCGUAUGCCCUGAAAAGAAUAUUCGAGACCUGCAAGUGCGCCAAGGUCUUUGUUAUCAGUCGUCAUGAGAUUGACAUCGCUCGAGCCCUCGAUGAAUUGCCCAGUACCACCAUUGAAGCGACCGAUGUCGCGGGGGACAUUGAGUUGUACGUGAAAGCGGAGGUGGCCAUCAAGGUCAAAACACGGAAGCUGAAGUUGAGAGACUCGAAUCUUGAAAAUAUUAUCUGCGACACUUUGAUUGAAGGGGCACAUGGCAUGUUUCAAUGGGUGAAGUGCCAGCUUGACCAGCUGUGCAAGCUUCGUAACGACAAAGCCGUGCGGGGUGCUCUAAAUGACCUCCCCAAAACAUUACAUGAUACCUACAUUCGGAUUCUCCAGAAGGUGGAGACUGAGAAUGCCGAUGAUGUGGAGAUUGUGCAUAGACUACUAAAGUGGUUGGUCCGAGGUGUGCGAAAUCUCACACUGGGCGAGUUGGCGGAGUGUGUGAGUAUCGAUCUCAGCAAUCCAGAUGAGUCGUUUGACUUUGAUGCUGUUUUCACGGACGCAGAAGAUGUUGUCGAGCUUUGUGGAAGUUUGAUCACUGUCUCGUCUGAUGGUCAUGUUGCUUUGGCCCACUACACGGUCAAGGAGUUUCUGGUGUCUGAGCAUAUCAAGAAUGCCAUGCCCCAAUUUUGGAUUGGAUGUGAUGAUGUUCAUGCAGAGCUAGCCAGCAUCUGCCUUACGUAUUUGACAUAUGACGACUUUUCUGGAAGCGACGAUACAUCCGGGGAAGUUUUGUUGCAAAACUUCAAUGAGUACAAGUUUCUCCCAUACGCUGUGCAAGCAUGGGGCUCUCACGCACAUCUUGGCGACAUGAAUAAGACUCAUGAUGCCGUCUUCGACCUGACUAUGAGAUUGUUUGAAUCCGGCAUUGAAGCUGGUAGAAACUACGACACCUGGUACAAGAUCUAUUUCCAUCAACAGAAAGUGACAGGGCAGCGACUUAAGGCUUCCAACAAAGAUCCUGUUUAUUUUGCAUCAUUGUUUGGCUUGCAUCGAGCCGUCUCAGAGUUAUUGGACCAAAGCCCAGACACUUACAUUGAAGAGCCGAUGAAGGCGAGCGCGAGUGCUGGCCACGACGCAGUACUUGAAGUUUUUCUCCGUCAAUGUGAAUCUGUCAGUGCAAAUGUGCUGGAGCAAUGCCUUUAUCUUGCUUCCAGCCAAGGACAUGAUCGUGCGGUACAGCUUCUACUUGCACAUGGGACGAAUGUGAAUGUUCGCGCAGGAAGACAUGGGACACCACUUCAGGUCGCUUCUCUCGAUGGCCGGCAUCAAGUGGUCUCGACUUUGCUUGCCCACGGUGCAGACAUCAACGUAAAAUGUCAGAGGUAUGGUGUACCUCUCGCUGCUGCCGCUGAGAAAGGACACUUGCACACGUUUCAAAUCCUCCUUGACCAUGGUGCCAACGUGAACAGCCGAGGUGGUUGGUACGCCUAUCCCCUGGUGUCUGCGAUUGUCGGUCAGAACAUGCAUAUGGUCGAUACUCUGAUUCAACGUGGUGCCAAUGUCAACGCUCUGGGUGGCCGGCAUGGAAGCGCCUUGAUGGCCGCAUCAUCAAUGGGGAUGCUCGAUCUGAUUCGCUCGCUGGUCUCCCAUGGGGCACGGGUCAAUGAUGAAAAUGAUAAAGGCACCGACAGUUUGUAUGCGGCAUGCAUGGCAGGAAAUUUGGAGCCCGUCAAACUUCUACUGGAACUGGGUGCUGAUGUCAAUGCACGAGGAGGAAAGCAUCGAAACGCACUCAAUGCAGCAAGUGCAGGAAAUCAUAUCGAAAUCGUGCAGUAUCUUCUGGACGCUGGAGCAGACGUGGGCUUUUUUGACGAACACUAUGGAAACAGUGUUCAAACUGCUGCUUCUGCGGGACAUAACGACAUUAUCCGCAUCCUGGCAGAGGCAGGAGUGGAUGUCAACGCUCCUAGCAGUGAUCGGGGGACAGCGCUCAUUGGAGCCGCGCAAAAUGGCCAUACUGAAACGCUUGAGCUUCUCUUCGAACUGGGGGUUCCUUCUGGAGAUACCUAUGAGAUGAGCAAUGCCAUUAUGGUGGCUGCGAACAGGGGACACGUGGGUGCUAUCAAAGUCUUGGUUGAGAUGGGGGCGGCCAUGGACGAUUGCAGCACACUUUCUACAUAUCCCUGUUGCACUCCUCUUGAAGCGGCUGCCGUGAAGGGGGAUCCGGAGACGGUAGAUCUAUUGCUUGAUCUGGGCGCGGAUGUGAAUUUCGUGAACGAGGGAAAGUAUGGGACUGCCCUCAUCGCCGCCUGUCUUGGAGAGAAAUCUGACAUUGCCGUGGCGGUGCGACUGCUUGAUGCUGGAGCAGACGUCAAUGCUACUGCGGAUACGGAAUUGAUAUGCUGUGCGCUUGUCGGUGCCUUGUCUCGUGAGAAUUAUGAACUUUGUGUGACUCUCCUGGACCGUGGUGCUGACGUGAAUUUGGCAUAUACGUCCUAUUUCACGCCGCUGAUGAUGGCCGUGAAAUCGGCGGACAAGAAAUUCCUGAACCUGUUGAUUGAUCACGGCGCGGAUGUCAACCUUGCGAUUGAGCCCCCAGAAGACGAUGCCACUUGCAACGAAGACGGAUGUGUGACGCCACUCCAAGCAGCGGUAUACUAUGGAUCCGAUGAGACAGUUCGAAAGUUGAUCGAAAAUGGAGCUCAACUUUCCGUGGACCUGGAAGAUGUACGAUUCGCCUCGGCACUGCAAGCCGCCUGUCAUCGAGGCGAUGUGGACAAAAUUCACUUGUUGAUCGAUUCAGGGAGCGAGGUCGACCAAGUCGGUGGUGUGUAUGGCACGGCCCUCCAAACUGCUGCCUAUAUGGGCCACCUUGAAGCAACGCGAGCGAUGAUCGAUGCCGGUGCCGAUGUUAAUGCCUGUGGUGGAGGUGAUAGCAGUGCCCUGAUGGAUGCGACUGAGGAGAGCAGGCUAGAGGUCGUUCAGCUACUAGUGGAACGGGGAGCAGAUGUCAACCUCUCUGUGGGGGACAAACAUUCAUAUGCUUAUCCGCUCACAGCAGCUGCUUUCAAUGGGGAUGAAUCAACCAUUCAAGUCUUACUUGAAGCAGGAGCAGAUGUGAACAACCGAGGAGGUACCUGGGCUACUGCCCUCCAAGCUGCCGCUUCUGAAGGCCAGGAAGAAGCUUGUGUUCUAUUGCUCCAGCAUGGGGCAGAUCCCAACAUUGUGGGUGGCAGAUACGGGACAGCACUCCAGGCGGCAUAUACGCAUGGAUAUUAUAUUACUAUACGAGAUCUCUUCCGCCACGGUGCAUCAACAAGUCUGCAGGGUGGACAAUACGGAACAGCUCUGGGUGCGGCUCUAGCAGGCUCCUGUCAAACGUUGGUUUCUGCUCUCCUCCGACAUCAUCAUGCUGAUCCAAAUACUCCAAUCCGGAAGUGGGGAACUCCCCUAAUCCAGGCUUGCUCUGACUGGCGUGAAGAUGAUGUAUACCACAUCUUACUUGACGUGGGAGCAGACGUCAAUGCCCGAGGUGGCUUGUAUGGGGCCCCUCUUAUCUGUGCAGCGGUCCAUGGAGAAGAGGACCGAGUUAUAGCGUUGUUGGAAGCCGGUGCCAACGUCAACAUCGAAGGGAACCAGAAUUAUCCGACUGCCGUCCACGGGGCAAUCAAAGCCGGAAAUCUUUCAAUUCUCCGACUUUUGGUCGAGAAAGGUGCCGAUAUUGGUAUUUCCAAUGGCGUACAUGGCUCUCCCGUGGAAUAUGCUUCAAGGCAGGGCAACUUCUCGAUUCUGCGCUAUUUACUCAAACAAGGCGCUGAUAUCAAACCAACGGGGAAAGGAAAGUACCACAACGCUUUACAGGCUGCUAGUGUGAGUGGUAAUAGAGGAAUUGUCAAGGCUCUGCUUCGGCACGGCUUCGACAUCAACAUCACUGGGGGCAAAUUCGGCACGGCAUUGACAGCUGCCGUGUUACGUGAUGAUAUCGAACUCGCAGAAUACCUUUUGAAGAAAGGCAUCAACCCCAACGGCCCAGGCGGCGUGUAUUCCGGUGCAUUACAAGCUGCAGCUGCCACAGGAUCUAUGCCCAGCACUCUCCUAUUGCUCCGAUAUGGUGCCAACGUCAACAAGACCGGCGGGAAAUUCUAUACGCCUUUGCAGGCGGCUACCGGGAGUGGAAAUUAUGACCUGGUUCAACUUCUUCUUGACCGAGGUGCUGAAGUGAAUACUUUUGGCGGCCUUUAUUAUUCAGCUCUUCACGCGGCUGCAUUGACAGGCUCAGAGGAUGUCUGUGAGCUGCUCAUGAAGAAUGGAGCUCAGUGGAGCUUGCCUGAUGCCAAGUUCAAUCAUCUAGCUUCGUGGCAGAUCGAAAAUGCGACUGAGAUUCUCCAGGAAUGUCGAGAUCGAGAAGAUCGCGGAUGGCCCGAGGAUUCAGAGGAUGAGUGGUCAGAUGAAGAAGAUGGUGAUGAUGACGAAGAUGAAGAGGAGACUGAAGAUGAAGAUGAGACAGAAGAGGAGGAUGAGGAAGAAGAUGAAGACGAUGAAGACGACGAAGAUACUAUCCUGAAGCUGAACGUCGAAGCUAUUCCACUCUUCGACCUACCUUACCAUCCCUCGAAGCCUUCCAUUGCGACAAACGACACUGAAAGCUCGGACACGGAAAAUCCCAACUCGAACAACGAUGCGGUUGAAAUUGAUGAGGUGAAAUUCUCUCUGAACAGGACCAACACCGCCGGUUGGUCUUCGUUGGAAUGGGUGAAGAUUGAAUGUGGACCAGAUGGGGAUCUUGGUUGA